AAUUGGGAAAAUUUAUUAUAGAAACCAAUAAACCCUUUUCAAUGUUCUCAGUGAUCUUUGCUCUACUUCUUCAAAGUUAAAACCAAGAAUUUUGACAAUUUUUUUUCUUACUUCAUCAUCAAACAAUUUUACAAAAAUACAUUCAUUUCCUUUUUAUCUUUUUCUUCUUUUAGUGUUCAAACUUCAACGAGACCAUGUUGAGUCCACACAAGCGGCUUCCGCCAUCUUCUUCUUCUCACCCUCUAUUCAAAUGGUGAGAAAGCCCAUUCCAUGUGGCUAAAAUCUCUUUUUUUUCCCCCUCAAUUUGGGUCAUCUCAACCCCAUCAAAUUUACAUAUUUAAAACUUUUCCCUCCAUGCUUUAUCAAAGAAGAAGAUAAAAAGAUGCCAAAACAUAAAACGCCAAGAGUAAAGCCAAGUUAUAUUAAACAAUUGGAAAGGAAGCAUUAAACAAAUCAAAAAUUCGAAAGCAUCAAUGAUUAAACCAAAGGAAUAUGCACCAACAAAGAAAUUAAUCAAAAGGAAUCAACAAUCAAACCAGAAGAUCGACGAAUCGCAAACUCGAAAAUCUCAAGAACACCCCAAUCAGUCGCAUCUAAUUUCAACCUAAUCAAAACCGACUACUAAUCAAUCAAAGUAUCAAACGAACAAACCUUUGAUCUCCAUCUUGAUCAACAAAAUCCAUGGCAGUCUCCGAUCGCCUCACCUUCACAAACUUCCUCCUCCUCUCAAUCAUCGCUCUCUACUUCUCCAAUGGCUUCCCAAACCUCUUCAAUCCCCAACCGAACCAGACAAACCUCGUAGUCUACGUGCACGACUACUUCACCGGAGAAGAUGCAUCGGCGAUCACAGUCGGCGGGAGAAAAGGACCGGAAUCGAGCGUUCUGGAGUUCGGAACCCAAAUGGUUGUCGAUGAUCUGGUGACGGAAGGGCCGAAGAUCGAUUCUCGAGAGAUCGGGAGGGCACAAGGUAUGUAUAUAAACUCUCAAUCGGACGGGAAAGGGCUGUAUAUGGUGUUCUCGGUGAUUUUUAGCGGCGGCGAGUUCAGAGGGAGUAGCCUGGAGAUUCAAGGCCCCGAUUUGUUCACUAUGAAGGAAAGAGAAUUUGGGGUGGUUUCGGGAACCGGUUUUUUCCGGUUCGUUAAGGGGUUUGGAAUUAUGCAAACCGAAAGUAUGGAUUUGGUUCAUUUGAGAGCCGUUAUUAAGCUUAAUAUUACAGUUAAUCACUACUGAUUUACUAUUAUUUUCAAUUCAAUUGCAAAUUUGAUCCAAAAGUUCAUAAAAAAAAA